CUGUAAAUCACGUGAUGGUGACUAAACGACAGUUUGGCUGUUGAGUUUCAUUUUCAUCUUUGCAACUUCCUCAAAAAUGGACGCUGAACAACAGAAGAAGGCAGAAGAAUUUCUAUUGUCUGGAGCAAGUUUUAGGACAAAUGCCUUCAGAAUCAUCAACAUAAUGAUUAAACUAUGCAAAGACAAGCCUGGCUGUAAGGUGCAUGUGGAUGAGAUUCUCCACAGCAUCUUCUUCUUAGGUUUCAUUCAUAAACCCCAACAAUGCACCCCCAACGAUAUCCUUGGUGAACUUAUGCCUGAAAUGGAGAGGAUUUUCCCGAGACCAUUUGAGAAUUACACAAGUAAACUGCCCAAACGGACUCCGUUCUCCUCUGUGCUGGAUAUGGUGGUCUCCUUGCUUGGACCAGACAGUGAGAUCAAUAUACUGGAGAGACUGAAGGAAAUCGCCAAUAUCAUGUCAGAAGCCAAGAGUAAAUACCAGUUCACCUCCUCGACCAUCUGUGUCUCUCAAAGGAAGGAUGUUCAAAGAAGUUACUAUGGAGCGUCCAUGUCCUGCACGGGGAAGAAAGGACAGAUUAUGAUCGCUGUGUCCUGUCUGUGUACCUGGCACUACAGUGUAUCCAAUGCCGUGAUGACAUACAAGCCAGAUAAGAACAAGAGAAAUAACUUUGAUGGCACCAUGAAACUACAAGGACAUGUAAAGUGCCAGGCUUCCAAUGUGAAGAGUGGGGAGGAGAUGUCUCCUUGCAGGUCCUGUGGUCAUCUUUUUGGUCUGAAGGAACCAAGCAAUCAGAUGUGGCCCUAUGGGAACUGCGCAGAGGCAGAGAGCUUGAGCAAACUGCUCUAUGGAGAGGAAGAGAUUGUUAAGAAUGUAGUACCAUCAGUUGAUUGCAAAAUGCGAGAGCAAGUGGUGAAGGAGGUAAAGGCUCACCUGGAAGAGAUGCUCAAAGAGUCAGAAUUUCAAUGGGAUUCUUCCUAUUACAUUCCACAGUAGAUUGUCAGAGAAACGCAUGUGCGCACACGCACACACACACUAAGUUUACAGAUAUACAGAUGCACAUUCCUACUGUGACACACAGAUCCAAAACAUAUAAUCAUAGCUUGGUGCGGGGCUAGCAACAUGUGAUUUGUGUCUGACAGCUAGCAUUGAAACAUUGCCAAAGCAGUGAACCACUCUGUGCAUGUAGUAUACAGUAUAACUGCUAGGCUAUAGCUAUCGGCUCUUAUCAAUGACAUCUGUGAGGUAGAUGGUUCUUUUAGAAGGGGACCGUUGUUUAGAGUACCUCAUGGAGAUACCUGAAAUUGAAUUUAAUAUUCUAGUCUAGACAAAGCAUUUAACAUAUAUAUAUUUUUAAAGAUGAUUUUAAUUGGAAUUUUAAACUUUAUUUCUGUAUACUCUAGUUAUUAAUGCACAUUUUACUAAUCUGUAACAAAUUACUAAUACUGUAAACAUUGGUGUGAAUUCAUGUCUGGGUUGAUUUCUAGCUAUGUGAGGAAUUCAUCUAAUAAAGGAACUUAAAUUGUAA